CCCUGUCGGUAGUUUGUUUUUAAGCCCAAUUAGUUUGGUUCUAACAUCGUGGUGUAAAAGUUAAUAGGGCUUAGAGUGUACAUGUUAUGUAUAUGAUAUGCCUGAUAAUUGUAAAAUAUAAAUAAAUUUGCAGUAAGAAAAUUGAUAUAUCAAAUAGAGGCCGCUAUCUGGAGCAACUUGAAUGACGAUAGUGGAAAACGAGUACAACAGGGAUGAAGAAGCAAAAACAAUUUCACUGUCUUCGCCAUAGUUAAAUAUGAAUACGAUAUUAUUGCACUAAAUUUUGACACUACUAAAAUCUUCAAUCAAAUUGCAGCAGAAGAAUAAAUAUAAACUGGAAUAAGUACCGCUGGUUACACAUCUACGGCAACGACUUCACUCAUAACUGCAUUUUUACAGCCCGACGCGUCGUUAAGCAAUGACGACAAUACACCAUCUACAACUUGCUCAUCUACACCAACAGAAGUAUUGAUUACUGCAUUGUCAUCUUGACCGUCUGAGCGCGAUGGCUUGGUUGAUAUUUCAGAAACUUCACUGAAAAAUAUUAAAAGUUUCUGUAUUGCGUAUUUCUCUGGAACUUCAACAUAUAAUAGAUUAUAUGCGGAAUCAUCUACAGAUAUAGCAGUAACACCAUCCAUCACAGUCCAAUCACAACUUCCAAUGACGUCGCCAGUUGCAGAUGCUUGUUCCUUAAAAAUUAUCCCUGUGGAAGCUAUGCCCGCUUCUAUAUCCACGACGAUAAUGCCCUCACCUAUAUCUACAAAUAUCAAAACCUUGCCCACGGAUUCUGGGGGAUCAACACAUCCGCUUUUUAAUAGUCUAGUUUCAUUUGAUAGAUCGCAACAGCAAAAUUCACAUAGACUUCUAGUUGAAGACCAGCGUACAUUGCAACUCGCUCUAGAAUUAUCAAUAGCAGGUUUGAAUGAUGCGGCUGCAAGUACAGUUUGCUCAUCAGUCCAUACACCUUCCAAUAACAACCGUAAUAUAAAUAACAUUGCUAAUAUACAUACGUCGAAUUAUCAAGAACAGCUAACGCAUCAGAGUGCAAUAGCCGGCACGCAACAGGAAUAUUUAGAUCAAAAAUUUGAUUUCAAUACACUUACUAUGAAUGGCGCCGUUUCUGCUGUUUCAAUUGUUAACAAUGAUCAUAAUGAGAGUAAUGUUAAUCUUGCAGUAAACAAUUGCACUAAUAAUGGUAUCAAUCAGUUUUCGGUCUUAAAUCCACUACUGCCUACUGCACUAGAUGAUCGUUCCAAGAAAUCCCAAAAUAUGACAGAAUGUGUACCAGUACCAAGUUCGGAGCAUGUCGCCGAAAUAGUAGGACGCCAAGGAUGUAAAAUUAAAGCUCUUCGUGCAAAAACAAAUACAUAUAUCAAGACACCCGUGCGUGGAGAAGAGCCUGUUUUUGUAGUGACUGGUCGCAAAGAGGACGUAGCCAAAGCGAAACGCGAGAUUCUCUCUGCAGCAGAGCAUUUUAGUUUGAUACGUGCAACAAGGAAACCAUCAAUUGACAGUAAUUUGAGUGCAGCGGUUAGUAGUAGUCUUGAUGGAAACAAUUGUUCCAAUAAUUCCAUUAAAUCACCGCCUGGACCACCAUCCGUACCGGGACAGGUGACUAUACAAGUACGGGUGCCAUAUCGAGUAGUUGGUUUGGUAGUAGGCCCUAAAGGGGCAACCAUUAAACAUAUUCAGCAUCAAACGCAGACGUAUAUUGUUACACCGUCACGUGAAAGAGAACCCAUAUUUGAAGUAACAGGUUUACCAGACAACGUUCAGUCUGCGCGUAAGCAAAUUGAGGCUCAUAUUGCUCUACGUACUGGUAAUUUACCUCCUAUCGGAGCCAAUAAUGAAAGUGUGGUAAUUCCAUCAGGCUCACCGAAUGAUCCAUUAGCGCUUCAUAGCUUAAAUGUUUUAAGUCAAAUCCUAAAUGACCCCUCAAUAGAUUCCGAUUUACUUGUAUCAUUUUACAGAGCCGAUAGCAUGAGAUCUGCUUUUGAUUACGCUGAUGAAACUUGUGAAGUUGGCACUAAAUAUGCUAAUAUGCCAAGUUUCGAAUCACCUAAUAACACUAAUAAAAUAAAUUUAAAUAUUGGCUAUUUGGGAAAUAAUUCUGUUCAGAUGAAACCUUAUAUGGCCCUUCUACAUUCCGACAACUCUCAGUUGCAAAAUAUAAAUGCAUCACAUCAAAGUAAUGACUAUGUGCGUGAUUUAAGCAACAUUUUUAAUCUGAAAAAAGCGAAUAGUAAUCAUGACUCCGACUUCCUUACUGAUUUAGACCCUACUCAUCAACUUCAGCAGCACCUAUAUCUUCCAUCACAGUCACCAGUCAGUUUGAAUACUCAAUUGCAAUCAUCGUCAAUAUCAUCACUUAACCCUUUACAAGAUCAUGAACCAUUUGUUGGUUCUUAUACGCAAGCAUUAAGUUUUGCUAACAAGACUCAAAGUACUACAGGUUCAAGCAACCCAGCUACAGGUGGUUUUCCACAUAUAAGGAAUAUUACUCAUAGCGGCAAUAUCAGUAAUGGUAUGGCACGUUCCUGUUCAUCGGCUUCCUCCACUGCGUCAUCAAAAAGCGCUAAUAACAGUGGUAGUGGUAGUAGCAGUCGGCCAGAACUCAUGAACAUCUGGAAAAAUUUGGGCGACUCUCUUGAUGCUGAUGAGGGGAUAGGGGAUUCGCCAAACAUUUGGACUUUGCCUACGCCAUUGACGACAUUAACAGGAUCUCAUUGCUCGCCAUCAACUUCUAUUAGUCCGACUGAUUCACUUUUGGGUGAAAUUUCUGCACAUGCUCACAACACCAAAGUUGGUUUGAAUAGCUUAAUAAAUCCUGAAUCGAAUAGUCAGAAAAAUGUACUGCAGCAAAAUCAUUUAAAAAAUGUGGAUGCGGUACAAUCACUUGUUAAUAGUUCUAUGAUUCAACGACGUGAUUGUUUGGUUUGUAAUAAUAAAGAAAUAACAGCUGUUUUAGUUCCAUGUGGUCAUAAUAUGUUCUGUAUGGAUUGUGCUAAUCGUAUUUGCGAAUUAGGUGAUGCAGUUUGUCCCGUUUGCAAUUUAAGCGUGUAUCAUGCUAUGCGUAUAUUGGCAUAAGAAUUUGCACGCAUUAAAACAGUAAGUAACUCCCGUAUUUAUUAAAAUUUUACAUAAAUUAUUGCAAAACGAAAUAGUUAAGUGUGAUUCUUUUUACGAAUCGCGAAAGUUCAAGCGAAAUAUAUACAAAUAAACAUUUACAUGCAUAGAUUUUUACCUUUGACAUAUAUAAAGUUGCACACGUACAUACCUAUCAUUAUCCAAAACUAUUUGCAACACAAUAAAAAGUAAUUAAAACGUAAAAGGUUCUACAUUAAUGUGUAAAUUAUAAAAUAUGAAAUUUAAAUUUUCGUUUGCGAGUUAUCGAAAAUUUUCAUAAUGAAUCUUAACACGCGUGGUAAAGAUAUAUAUUUAUUUUUAAAUUAUAUUUUUAUAUAUAAAGUUUAUUCAAAAAGAAAAUAAAACUGUUCAACUAUGAUUAAAAGUCAUUGAAACGUAAUAUAGGAAAAAAUAAAUAUAUACAUAUAUCCUACUAGGGCUAAUAUACAUAAAUGCAAGCAAUUCCGGCAAUAAAUUUUCAAUAACGAAACUACUUUUCAUACAAGAAUGAUUGCCUACAUAAUGUUUUUUAAGUCUAUAAAUAUAAAGGUGAAAAGCAAGCCAAUAAAUAUUUUUGAAUUUAUCCAUUGCAUAAGUUCAUUAUCUAUACAAAAUGUAACUAAAACAAGAUAAAUAUAUAAACUCUUUUUUCUGAA